AGCCAGGCGCUGCGAGACGUCCCGGCCCCGCGCUUCAAGGAUACCUGUGGUCCAACCCGUAAAAUGCCUCCAACUGCCAGCGUCAUGGACUUUUUUCAGCUAUUUGUCCCUGACCAUGUACUAAAGAACAUGGUGGUGCAAACCAAUAUGUAUGCCAAGAAGUACCAGGAGAGAUUUGGCAGUGAUGAUGCCUGGGUGGAUGUCACACUAACCGAAAUGAAAGCCUUCCUAGGCUACAUGAUAUCAACGAGCAUUCACCACUGUGAGUCUGUCCUCAGCAUCUGGAGCAGUGGAUUCUACAGCAACAAGAGCAUAGCACUUAUCAUGACACAGACCCGGUUCGAGAAGAUCCUGAAGUACUUCCACAUUGUGGCCUUUCGCUCCAGCCAGACAACGCAUGGCCUCUACAAAAUCCAGCCAUUUCUGGACUCCUUACAGAAUGGCUUCGACUCUACUUUUAGACCUUCUCAAACCCAGGUACUUCAUGAGCCACUGAUUGAUGAAGACCCAAUUUUCAUUGCCACGUGCACAGAGAGAGAGCUACGCAAAAGGAAAAAGCGGAAAUUCAGCUUGUGGGUCCGGCAGUGUUCGUCUACUGGCUUCAUCUGUCAGAUUUACGUCCAUCUCAAAGAAGGAAGUGGUGCCGAUGGACUGGAUGCUCUGAAGAACAAGCCUCAGCUCCACAGUAUGGUGGCUAAGAGCCUUUGUCAGAAUGCAUCAGGAAAAAACUACAUCAUCUUCACUGGCCCUAGCAUUACCAGUCUGAACCUUUUUGAAGAAUUUGAGAAACAAGAGAUUUAUUGCUGCGGGUUGCUGAGCUCCAGGAAGAGUGACUGCACAGGCCUACCUCCAUCCAUGCUGAAUAACCCAGAUGCUCCCCAGUCCAGAGGACAGUACAGAAUAAAGAUGAAGGGAAACAUGUCCCUAAUCUGCUGGUAUAACAAAGGGCAUUUUCGUUUUCUCACUAAUGCCUAUUCUCCAGUUCAACAAGGAGUUAUAAUAAAGAGGAAAAGUGGAGAGAUCCCGUGCCCACUGGCAGUAGAAGCUUUUGCUGCUCAUCUUAGCUACAUCUGUAAAUAUGAUGACAAAUACAGCAAGUAUUUCAUUUCUCAUAAACCAAACAAGACCUGGCAACAAGUGUUCUGGUUUGCUGUCAGCAUUGCUAUAAACAAUGCCUACAUCCUCUACAAAAUGUCAGAUGCCUAUCACGUGACAAGGUACAGCCGGGCACAGUUCAGUGAGAGACUUAUAAAGGAGUUGUUGGGCUUGGAGGACACUUCACCUUCUCAUUGAUGUAUUGUUCCUUGUGGGUUAGGUAGGGAUGGAGGUAAGCAGAAGAGGAGACCAUCACUCUGAAAUGUCAAAGCAGGGAACUUGUGACACCACCAAUGCUGCUCCCUAUAUGAAAAUGCCAAGUGAUGCCACUAGAAAGGUGGAGACUGUCAAAAUUAGCAGCUGGCUUUAGAGGUGUCCUACAGAAAGUGCCACAGGAAACAUCCACACAUAAUUACAUAUAUGAAUGCUCUGCGGGUAUCUGUACAUCGGAAUUGAUUUUAAGUUAGCAAUUUCUCAGUAACACUUGUUGAAAGGCAACAUCUGUUGAGCAGGGUCAUCCCAUUAAGAUUCCCUUUGGGCUAAACUAGGAGGUUGUCACAAGCUGAUAGAGUUCAACAGUCCUCAUGGGGAAUUAACUUGCUUAGAGGUCUUUUAACUCUGAGACCACCAAGGUUGGCCUAUGCACUGCAGUAUGGCUGAGAAUGCCUAGCACCUUGUAGGGAAUCACUGCAGUUAUGACAUGGUCAAAGAGAAGCAACAGAUAUGUAUGUAUAUACUGAACUUUAACAGACAAAAGCACCCAGGACUUUGAUGACUGGUUAAGAUUACCUUUCUCCCGCCAUCCCCCUGAAUGCAAGGCAAUCAGGUUGCAGUAUGGGACAAGAUUUAGGAAAUAAUCACAUUGGGGAAUUUUUUUUAAACACUAUCAAAGUUGAGUCUUGAAAUCUGGUAAUAUUGCCUUUUGUAACUUCCAUACUCCCAGUGUCCAGGGGUGGGAAAUCUCAGAGUAUAUAGCAACUAUAUUCUCCUGGAUUUCAUUGGGUCUUUGGGUUCUUCUAAGUGUUGCUUAAGGCCUGACAUGACGGACUGUUUAAGUUUCUAUCAUCUAUUAUAUUUGUUCUCUUUUCCCCAUAUUUAAACAUCAACUUACUUUUCAUCUUAGGUUUCAUUUCCUAGUGACACACUUGACAAGAAAAUAAUUCACGGAUAGCGUGAUUUGCAUUAUCACUGUGGGGUGUUCUGUAGAAAUUCUUCUUAGAAUUUGAAAUUUGUCACAGUAGCUUAUAAUUUUGGAAAUUUAUAUGCUUAGAAAAAUGUAACAUUGUU